AUGGAUACACUUCUAACGCAUACGUUUGAUUGCUAUCCAAUGAACGCAUUGUGGAAAAAAAUUGGCAAUGAAUUAUGCGAUGUGGUUAUAAUGCCAAUGAAUGGAAUUUGGACUUCUGCUGGUUUGGCCUCACUCUUCAUAAUUGUUUCAAUUGCUGCUCUUACGUUAACGGCCAAAUAUCUGCAACGGAUGAACCCUGCAUACGAUCGACAGCCAAUGGUAACGGAACCAUUCCAGGCGGCGUCAAAAUAUGCGGUGCGUUUUUGA